UCCGUGCAUUGACCCUGCUCUGCUCUGCUCGGUCUAUUUCAUCAUAAAACAAGAACACUGCAGAAGCAAUAACGCAUAAUAAUAAUAUCCGAUUCCGUGUGCGCAGCCAGCGCAGCGAGUGAAGCCAUCGGACCAGCGCUGAAAUGUCGGCGAAUUACGCGGCGGGACUGUCUCCUUACCCGGACAAAGGGAAAUGCGGACUCCCCGAGAACUUUGACCCCCCCGAGGAGCUGGAGCGGAAGGUUCUAGAGCUGGCGGAGAUGAUCCGGAACGCGCGGAACGUGGUGUUCCACACCGGGGCCGGAAUCAGCACCUCCGUAGGCAUUCCAGACUUCAGGGGUCCGAAUGGCGUGUGGACGAUGGAGGAGAAGGGUCUGGCCCCACGCUUCGACACCACCUUCGAGGAGGCGAGGCCCAGCACCACUCACCUGGCCCUGCUGGCUCUGCAGAGGAGCGGCUCUCUCAAGUACCUGGUGAGCCAGAACGUGGACGGACUGCACAUGCGCUCAGGAUUCCCCAGAGACCUGCUCUCCGAGCUCCACGGGAACAUGUUUGUAGAGGAGUGCGUCAAAUGUGGCAAGCAGUACGUGCGGGACGCUGUGGUUGGGACGAUGGGUCUGAAGCCGACGGGCCGUCUAUGUGACGUCCCCAAAUCCAGGGGGCUGCGAGCCUGCCGAGGCAAACUGAGAGACACCAUCCUGGACUGGGAGGACUCUCUACCAGACAGGGAUCUGAACAGAGCAGACGAAGCUUGCAGAUCACACCCUGGUCGUGGGAACAGCAUCGCUCCAGGAGAUGGGAACACUCAUUAUAAAAGUGUCUGUCUGUCGAGUGUCUGUGAGAUCCUGUCGCCAGGCUAAUCCGCUUUCCUGGGCAGGGUUUAAAAGGAGGCAAUCAAAAAACUGACAGCUUUUAAUCUGAGCCAGGUUUAGAUUCUUAACAAAAAAAAUGCAGUCACCUUAAUACCGAAUGCCCUAGAAAUCAAACAGGACCAAGUUUAUAUAGUCAUGGUUUUGUGUUGUAAAGAAUACUAAAUCAUAACUUUGUGUGUGUGUGUAAUAUAGCUAUAGAUGGAUAGAUAGACAGACGCCACCUUGGCAUUCCUGGUGUUGUUGUGAAUGGGGUUUGGUAACGCUUUGAGAUGGAUAGAUGUAUAAUUUGCAAGAGCUCUCUGAGAAUAAUCCUGUCUAUCCUGGGUCCCUUUUCUCUCUCUCUGUUUCUGCUGUGUUUACAGUUCUGUCUCCACGUUGCAGCUGCCCCUCGUGUGUGCAGGAGGGGAUGGGGCUGCUUGUGCCCGCAGAGUGUGGGUAGCUCUGCAGCGCCCCACCACAGUGUGUGUUUCACCUGCACCCGGGUGUCUCUCUCAUUUU